AUGGAUUCCGCCAAUAAACCUUCUGGGGGAUCACUCCCCGAUGACCAUACCCGGCAGAUCUACGAACGCCUUCCCGAAGACCAGAAGCAGAAGCAAACCUACACAGAGUGGCUGAAAGAAUUCUACAACGACCAAUAUCAAAAAUGGAUGCCCUGGAUUGAAGAUAUGUAUCUCAGGUGGUUCGGGAAAGGCGACAACAAAGCGUCCUAUGUUACAAAAGAUACGCUGUCGAAGUCGAAAGUCACCGGUGUCAACCAGGUCGAUCAACUCCAAGGCGACGUCCAUAACCUCGUUGGUAACCAGCUCGGUGAGAGGGGACUUCUCGCCCCCGUUGGAGAUGGGCUCUCGAAGCAUGGGGUAAAUCGGGCUGAGCGUGGAGGGAAGGAUGAGGAUGGGUCGUAUGGAGGGAAGAUGGCACCCAUCACGGACAAGGGGAUUGAGGCUGCGAAGAAUGUGGGCAGUUCAGUUGCUGCAGGGGCGAAGACUGUUGGGGGUGCUUUUACGCGUUAG